AAUGGCCAUCAAAGCCUUACAGUGUCCGAUUAUGGCGCACGAAAUAACACCCAGUUAAACUAAUUUAUGUCUAGCCUACAUGAUUCGCUUAACUACCGAAAAUUACGAGAAGGAAAUGGCUCCAUUCUUAGACGAAGUUUAUAAUGAAAUAAUCACACACGACUAACUAGGCGAAUUGCGACUUCGUUCAGUCCAUUCCCGAUGGCAGCGUUAGAAGCAAAUGAAACUCUCCGUCUUUGAACGGUGCGCUUCCCAAAGGGCCUUCUCGCGUCUCCACAAUGGUCCAGUAUUGAUCGGCCGUCUCAACCCCGAUUUGCCAAAAACGUGUCCCGCUUCUUCCUGUGGGAGACCGCGUCGGCUAACGUGCACGUGCAGUUGAACGGGAUGGUCGCCGAUAUGGACGACGAGAAGAAGCACGAUGAGGAAAUCACUCUUAAGCCGAAAAUGACCCUCAUCAAUGGCAUCACGGUGAUUGUUGGCAGUAUUAUCGGUUCGGGAAUAUUCGUCUCGCCUUCUGGCGUUUUGAAGAACACCGGCAGUGUUAAUGUGUCGCUGUUGGUUUGGACCAUUUCGGGCGUCUUUUCCAUGGUGGGAGCCUACUGUUACGCCGAAUUGGGAACCAUGAUCCGAAAAAGUGGCGCCGACUACGCCUACAUAAUGGAAACUUUCGGGCCUUUCAUGGCCUUCAUCAGACUCUGGAUCGAGUGUAUGAUAGUGAGGCCCUGCUCCCAAGCCAUAGUGGCUCUCACUUUCAGCCAAUACGUGAUGAAACCGCUGUUUGUUGACUGCGACCCGCCCGAUAAUGCCGCUCGAUUGCUGGCCGCUUGCUGUAUUUUUGUUUUAACGUUUGUUAACUGUUACGACGUUCGAUGGGCCACCAGGGUACAAGAUGUGUUCACUUAUGCCAAAUUGUUGGCUCUUUUUAUCAUAAUAGCGGCUGGGAUUUAUCAGCUAUACCAAGGUCAUUACUCCAAUUUUUCCUUUAUCAACACCAAGACUGAAGUGACUUCAUUGGCCUUAUCAUUUUACUCGGGACUUUUUGCCUACAAUGGUUG